AUGGCCCAAGGACUCUUGAAAAAGUCCAAGCCGGGGACGACAUCAAAACGUCCCCAAUCCCUCGGCCCAAAAAGAGGCAGCAGAGUGAUAGCGCCCAAGAAAGCGAAUCUGGUUAAGCAGCAGAAGAUGACAAAGAAACUCACAGCCGGCUUGAUUGCCAAGACGGAGCGCAAUCUGGCGCAGAGAGCCGGUCAUCUUGAGAUGCUUGCUGGGGGGAAGAAGGAGAAGAAAGAAAAGGAGAAAGAGAAAAAAAAAUGA